ACGCCGGUCGCGUUAGUUAUCUCGUCGAAGAGGGUAUCUUGCUGCUUCGUAACUGCUGCAGCGACGGCGUCGAAGCUGCUUUUAAACCAUACGGGGUUGCCAGAAUUGACUCACGGUUUCUAGCCCAAAAGCAGUGAAAACUCCGCCCAACCUGGCAACACUGAUACUGAGCUGAACAACCCCCCAGAAUCUGCUAGAAACGCCACGACAACAAGAAUUUGCUCCAAGAUUCUGAUUGGGAUGACUGGAAUAUUCCAGCUGGCUCCACAUCAGCAGGUUUCGCAACAAACACGUCACGCCAAGUUCAGCUGAACUUUUAUGAUGGACCUUGUGAAACAUUCAGGUGGAUGCCACUGUGGAGCUGUUAGAUUUGAAGUCUGGAGUUCCCCCGACCUCCAUGUCUUCCACUGCAAUUGUAGUAUUUGCACCAAGAAACAAAACCACCAUUUCAUCGUUCCAAAAAGUAACUUUACCCUCUUACAGGGAAUGGACAAUCUGACCACCUACAGCUUUAACACCCAUGUGGCUAAGCACACCUUCUGCAGAACCUGCGGAGUUCAAAGUUUCUACACGCCACGGUCCAAUCCUGAUGGAUAUGGUGUUGCUCCGCACUGCCUGGAUCCAGGAACCGUUCGCAGUGUGGAGGUGGAGAAGUUCUGUGGAGAGCAAUGGGAAGAAAGUAUGCAAGCCCACAAGAGCAUCAGAGACAUGUCGAAAGCCGGAACCGAGCUGCAAAAAUAAGACUGACGGGAAACAGCAUUUAAAAAUGUUUUAAUGAACGUCAUACAAAAAUAAAACAAAAACUAACUCAGUUACAGUAGUGUUUUUAUACAGUGUCCUGACAACAACAUUCUUUGUGUCCCAUUAACGCCCAGUAGGAUUA